GCGCGGCGCCGUUGCUCGUUUGAAUCAUCAGACGCGGAACUCCUCAUUCGGACAUUCGACAGCAGUCUGUCAGCAUCGCUCUCGUCCUCCGAGCACAACUUAUCUUGUUCAAAACAGCGACUUUUACUCGACAUUUUACCGCAAAUAAAAUGUCCAAGAAGGAGAUUUACUACUCUGACAAGUACAACGACGACGCCUUCGAGUACAGGCAUGUGGUGCUACCGAAGCAGCUGUCCAAGCUAGUACCUCCAACUCACCUGAUGUCCGAAGACGAAUGGCGGGGCCUCGGCGUCCAGCAGAGCCAAGGGUGGAUCCACUACAUGAUCCACAAACCGGAGCCCCACAUCCUGCUCUUUAGAAGACCCCUGGCCAAGGAUUAAUCUGGAACGCCUCCUGUUUUCUAUCGUUGGAGACCUUUCUCGCCAACGUCUACUGUAUACACCAUUUUAUUUAUGUCUCAUAGGGUUAUUGUUUGCUCUUUCAAGUUCCUUUCAUUUGCAGAGAAAGUGUGAUGGCUGUUGGUCGGGGGUGUCCGUUUGAUUGCCCGAGGUAUAUUAUAAAAAAAACAAUUUGUUCUUAAGAUAUGUUUAGCUCAGAUGUACAUUGACUUACAUUGUAGUGCUUUUAAGCAUACUGGAUGUACAAAAUGUAUCAAAGUACCCCACUCAUGUCCUUUGAUUCUUAUAUAGGCCAAAAAAGUUUGGACACCCCUGGCGUGGAAGGAUGUGAAGCUUCAGUUGUACAGUUUUAACAUGAAAAAUGUUUUGUCCAUACCUUUUUUUUUUUUGGUCUUUGUAAAUAUUUUUUUUUUUACUUGACCCUGAAUAAAAAUGCAUUGUUGCAUGAAACGUGCUUGAAG